GGACAGUACAUGCCGACAUGCCUCGAGACGGUUUCCACGCGAGCAAUAUUUCAACCCCAAGAAGUUUGCGCCGAUUCUUAAGCGACCCAGAUCUAACCAACUCAGGAUCUCCUCAAGAUCGUCCUUCGUUCUCUGUUGAGACAAUUCACAUCUCCUGCCAGUCAGAUUCGUAUGAAGGAACUGGUAAUCGCUACGCUGGUGUCAUCAUUUACUCCUGCGACGGCAAACCAGAGUGGCAAACCGCUAAUGGCACUCGCUGUAAGAGCGGAUAUCUGGUGAUUAUGGAUACCGGAACUGAGAAAGUGAAAAAGUUUCAGCAACACAGCCCUGGCCAAGUUCAUGGCGCUAUUUACCGGAGCGCUUUUGGAGAAGAAUGUACCACAAGGCAGGUCAACGCUGAAGGAUUCUCGGUUAUCAACGGAGAGUUCAAGAACAAUUCUAGCGUGUUCAAUCCAGCAAAAGAUGGUUACCAUGAUGAAAAACGAACCAUGCAUCCAGUCUCAGCUCGUUGCAUUGAGAAGGUAAUCAAAUCGUGGAAGAAUGCAGGAAAAAGCUUUCGCAAUUGUCAAAAUUUUGCAGUCAAGGAUUUGCUCAGUGAUGAACAGGAAGUUAAGCCAUCCUCCAUUGACGGCACACUCAACAGACGCUGGAACUACCGCAUGCGACUCUUUGGUCACGAUGUGGAUGAUGCCUUUUGGCAACGGUUGACGAAUCAACUUCUCAUCAGUUUUUAAUAGAGUACGAAGAUUCCGCUAGGAAGUUGAAGGGACUUAGCCAAAAAAGAAAGUUGCAGGUAAGAGAGACUUAGUAGCUCUUGAAAAAAGCAAAAUGUCGGACGAAGAAAGCGGAAAUAUUGAUAGGGGAAAAUCUAAAGCUACUUCAGCAGAGUUAAUUAUGAGAAAAAUAAAUAAUUGGUCACAAGUGGUGUGCAGCUUGUAAGCUAAAGCAAAUAUUGUAAAUGAUAAAUCAAUGGCUGUUUUUCAGUUCGGUUUCUGGUAUUACAGAUUAGAGCUCCAAAGCAUUGGGCGGCCCAUAUGUCUACACAAUUUGCUCCGCGGAAGUAACCUUAAGUUGGACUGUAUCCCCAUCUGCUUUCUUUGUUCGCCAUUUUCUUUUAUUCAUGGGCUCUUAAGCCUCGCUUAAAUGCAACUAUCGAUUUCCUUCUGCAUUCUGUGUGUUUCCUUGUUUCCAUUUGUUCCUACUUUUCAUUAUGUUUUCACUUAAGACUUUUUUAUUUGGUAAUCCUCGUAGAAGGUUCUCUUUCUGUGUCCCUUGCUUCAUUUAUUUCUGCGCACUUUUACUCGAGGGUAAAAGUGCAGCACAAAUUAAGUGACAAUUAAAAUGACAUAAAUAUUUCUGAAAUCUGAACUUUUAAGUUUUUUAAAGCGGCAAAAAAGCUAGACGAUCAAUAGUCCCUUAUUUUAAAGCUACCGAAAUACGCACGCGCGCGUGGCCUCUCUCUUCUUCCUUAGCGUAAAACCCUCCUCGCGGGUGUCGUUUUUCACGCGCGCGCACGCGAAUUUUGCUUUGCACCAGGGCCCAGUUGUUCGAACGCCGGUUAGCGCUAACCCCGGGUUAAUUUUGACCCGGGGUUCGUUUUCUUUUUAUCAAAAGCACUCUCUCCGGAUAAUUUUCUCUGUUCUUUUUAGAGUAUCCAGUCAUCAAAUUGUUGGCAAAGAGAAUUUAACUGAAUUUGGUUUUGAAGCUCUCAUAUCUGAGUUCAAAUUUCCCACUAACCCUGGAUUACCUUGACCUAGCUUCGAACAACCCGGCCCAGUAUCCCGAUACUAUCUCUGAGGAAAAUGAGGGACUACAGUCUUCUCAAGGUAAUUAAGGCAUGGGUCCCCAAGUGUUAAGUCAAAAAGUAGGGGGGUGGUCUAUCUUUCGAUACAUUAGCAGUGGCAAGCUGAAAACUUGUCAGACACAUAAACGGCUAGUUUUUAUCUAUUUGGUAUGCUCCAAUUAUGCAAAUAAGGUCACGUGACACGCCACGCCCAAAAAACCCUUGAACGUAAAUGGGCACACUUUUUCUUGUUUCCUUCAUUUUUCUACUAGUUUCAUAAUUAUAAGGCCGUUAAGUAUGUCAUUUCUGCGCUUGGCAAUGUCAAGAGUUUUCAAAGGAAAGGCAUGUUAAAAUGAUACAUUUGUAUUGGGAGACUGGGUACUAGUCGAAAAACCCGUUUAUUUUCAAAAUAGACGAGAUAUUUGAAAGUUGCCAAGCACAGUUUUUUAGCGGCUUAUAUUUUGUAUCUUCUCAGGGUAGUAAAGUAAGAUAACUCUUGCUAAAAAGUGUGCCCAUUUUUUCUUAAAGAUAUUUUGAAACUUUGAGGAGCGGUAAGGUCACGUGACCUAAUUUGCAUAAUUUUGGUGUAUUUUAAAGCGUCAAUUUUAGUGCUGUGUAAUAUUUUUUGGAAUUUUCUGCUUCAUGAUAAACCAUUCAUAUUAUAGACCACCCCCCUCAUUUUUACAGGAAAAUGGUUGUUGACCCAUGCCUUAAUUUACCUGAGUUCUCCUUAAGGACAUCUCUCUGUUACGGGCAGUUUCCUAUUUCCCGACAAAAUUUGGCCCCAGAGAGCAACGUCAUACAUAACGGUGAUCAGGUGAUGAUGGUCUGUGAAUGAGUUUGUGGUUACACAAACAUUAUUCACUUGCACAUAUGCUUCUGCUUGCCUUUUCACCCGGAGUUUUGAAAAUUAAAAUGAAAUACCAUAAAAAUUAAGUGACCAAAGAUAAGAAAAAGGAAACUGUUUGUGUAUGUAUAAACGAAGAUGUAGCAAAAUGUAGUAAAAGUACGAAAACGGAUAGAAAGUGUUUCACUAACACAUUUAAAUCACUUAGAACACAAGUGUGCGCCUGCGUUUAGUUAUCGAACUGUUAUGACUAUCAGUGGAGCCAUUCAAGGUUCCAUCGUGGUGACUUCUAUAAAACGGACAUCUUUCUAAAAUGGACACGCUGUUCUUUCCCUUCGGUGUCCGUAAUACAGAGGUUCAACAGAGUUUGUAGUCUACAGUAAAGCUCAACCGUGUAGAGGAGAACUGUCUUUCCCACGUUGUAGGAAGUUGACUCAUUUAGUAGGGUUACCCUCUUUGCUUAGAUUUUGCUGAUCGUACAUUUAGCUUUGUGAGUAACCUACUUCUGUUUAUUGCUAGAUUAGAGUCACUUUUUGUACCGAGAAUCAGAUUUGCAUAGAGAGUGGCUUCUUUCUUCGCACGGUACAUUUGUCCGCUGCACAUUUAAAAAAGUUUUAGAUUAGCAAAAAUACAAUCUAACUUUACAGGAGUAAUAAAAAGUUUUGCUGAGUCACACUGUACCAGCUCAUCAAUUUGCUGAUGAAUGGUGUAAAAAAGGCCUGCGUGCGUAGAGGGCCGAUGUCGAUUUUGCGACCCGUGAUUUCGUUUUGCCAAAAGAUUCGUCAAAACAGGAGCGAAAUUGGUCCGGGGAAAUAGAGUCAUUCCCGGCUUUUAAGCUGAAAGUAGUGGUAACUCAGGUUAUAUGUAAAAUAGUAAGCAAAUCGUGUUAAUAAAGUGCUGUAACGUGCGCGCUUCAUAUAUGUAAAGAAGUGUGCAUACAGUGGCAAGUAAAUACCGAAAUUUUGAAACCAACAAGUUUGACUAAAUUUUUUAGAGUUUUUGCAAGCCAUAACGGACACUUUUGCUAUUUGGAUGACCGACAA